AUGGAGAAGAUGGAGAUUGUCGCCACUAGCUUGUCUGUUCUUCUUGCUCUCGUCGCACCAGGUUCAGCUCAAAGCACCCAGUCCACCACCUACUACGAUAUCGAACGGAUUACAACUACAAUCUUUUUACCAUCCGCUCUCUUCUCACCGUCGCCUACACCUCAGAGUUUCUUUGCCUUCGUCGCCACGUCCAGCGGCACUACCUCCUACACCUUGUUUGAGGACGAAAACACAUCCGGGAAUGCUACGAUCAACUUCCUCCCGGCCCAACAAUAUGAACAGUACAACGACUACGGAUACACCUUCUCCGCCUGCCCGACCGGUACCCAGUACGUGCUGCCAAAGCAAAACCUCACCAUCAACUGCCUGUCCGUCACACCGGCCAACACCGCCAUUUGCACAACCACGUCGCUCAACCUCGACGAGGCUAGUCUCCCUGCCUACACCACUCUCGCCGAAUCCUCCCUCUACCCCGCGACUUUCCAAAUCACAAACGCGACGGCACUACCACCGCGUCUUACUCUCGCCACCAAGAUGGGCAUCGGCCUCGCCGUGCCUCUCGGUCUCUGCCUCUGCGUCGUCGUCGCCCUCUUGAUCUACCGGCACCGCGAGCACAAGCACAUCUCCCGCAUGAAGCACGCGGCUGCGGUGGGACAGGUCCCCAUUGCUGCCGAGACGAAGGACGCGAGGUUCGUCCUCUCGGGUGGAGACGGAGGGAUCGCUGGGGUUGCGGCGUCUCGUGAUGGUGGGACGGGUGGUAUAGGGGGGUUUGUUGAGGGUGUUGGAGGGGGUUAUGGCGUUCGGGUGAGUGAGGUGUCGGCGUUCACGAACGAGUUGGACGGGUCGGGGAAGGAUGGGAGGAAGGAACUUGCUUAG